GGAAGAGCAGAUGAUAUGGCAGCUUUGAACGCGACCAGGUGGAACUGCUUUGUUAACGCGACUAAACCCGUCUAGCUAUGAGAACCCAGUAACGCUCACCAGGCCGUCAGGACCGCUGCGGAAAUGUUCUACAUCAUCCUGCUGUCGGCGGUGGGAGGAGCGCUGCUCACGCUGCUGCUGGAGUUCCUGCUGGUGUUCAGGAGGAACAGCCAGCCCGUCGGCAGGACGGUCCAGUACGUCCAAGUGGUGCCGGACGACUCUCUGAGGGAUUACUUUAAUACCCCCGAACCCGCAGACCCGAGCCCGGUUCUGGACGGCCAGGACAGCCCUGAGGGGGGGGCUGGGGGCAGCCCCAAACAACAACAACAACAACAACAACAACAACAACAGCAGCAGCAGCAGCAGCAGCAGCCAGAAACCUGCCACUUCCUCAACGCGAUCUUCCUGUUCCUGUUCAGGGAGCUGAAGGACACCCCCGUGGUCCGGCACUGGCUCACCAAGAAGAUCAAGGUGGAGUUCGAGGAGCUGCUGCAGACCCGGACGGCGGGCCGGCUGCUGGAGGGGCUGAGCCUGCGGGAUGUGUCUCUGGGGGACUCACUGCCCGUGCUCCGCAGCGCCCGGCUCAUGAAGCCCGUCCGGCUGAACCGGGACGGCGCUCCCGACGAGCUCAACUUCGAGCUGGAGAUGGAGUACAGCGGCGGCUUCCACCUGGCCAUCGACGUGGACCUGGUGUUCGGGAAGUCCGCCUACCUGUUCGUGAAGAUGCGGCGCGUGGCCGGCCGGCUGCGGCUGCAGUUCACGCGCAUGCCCUUCUCCCACUGGUCCUUCUCCUUCCUGGAGGACCCCCUGGUGGACUUCGAGGUGAAGUCCCAGUUCGAGGGCCGGCCCCUGCCCCAGCUCACCUCCAUCAUAGUCAACCAGCUGAAGAGGGUCAUCAAGAGGAAACACACCCUCCCCAACUACAAGAUCAGAUACAAGCCCUUCUUUCCGUUCCAAGUGCAGCCGCCGCUGGGCUCGGCCUGUGAUCUGGACCUGCUGGUCCAGGACAGCAGACUGGUGGAAGGCAGACUCAGAGUCACCCUCAUCGAAUGUAGCAGACUGUUCAUCCUGGGUUCCUACGACAGAGAGACGUACGUCCACAGCACCCUGGAGCUGAGCCCCCGCCCCUGGAAGGAGAAGACUCGCAGCUCCAUCAAGCAGACGGAGGUUAUUAAAGGACCAUGUGGCAGCGUGGGAAUGACGUUCAGGCAUGUUCCUGCUUGUGAGGGCGACGCAGUGCAGGUCAGUAUCGAGACGGUCACGCCCAACUCCCCCGCAGCCUUGGCCGACCUCCAGAAAGGUGACCGCCUCAUCGCAAUUGGAGGUGUCAAAGUGACAUCCUCAGUUCAAGUGCCCAAACUGUUGAAGCAGGCUGGAGAAAGGGUGAUAGUACUUUAUGAGAGACCUGUUCGUCAUCAAAUUCCUUCUAUGGGAAGUCUUGCAACUCUGCAGGAAGGGUUUGGGCAGCUGGAGGAAACCGGUUUCAUUCCUCAAGCGGGAGGUUAUGAGGAAGACCCAGCCCCUAUCACUACCCUUUCUGACAUAUCUGACACCAAAGAUAUGGACUCUGAGUUUGAGGAGUUGAUUGUAGAUGGCAAACCUGGCCAGAGCGGUGCACCUAGCAGUAGUUCAGUAAAUAGCAGUGACACCAAGGAGGAUUUCCUACUUAUAGUAAACCAAAGCCCUAAAAGAACUGUGGCCAACUUGGCUUCUAAACCCCUUGGAACCAUUUCACCUAUCCUCAACCGUAAGUUAAAUCUUGUGGGUCUACAGUCACCACUAAAGCCCCAGCCCAAAGAGUCACCCAAACCCUCACCACAUAAGUCCAGUAGUGAUCCAGGGGAAGGUGUCCAGCGCCCCAACGUCCCUCCUCCACCCCCUCCCUCUCGUCCCCCAGUGCCACCAAGACCUCAGAUAAGGUUGACAUCAGCAUCCUCAGAAACCAGUCUUUUGGAAGGUGUUGAUUCUAUUACAACUACUGCUGCUGCUACUACUAUGACUAUCACCAUCAGUGCUUCUGAAAAAUCCCCAGAGAAAGUUCCUCUCACUGGACCCAGCGAGGAGAAGACUGGUGCUGAGAAAACGAGUGUCAAACCAGGUGAAUCAAAGCCUCCUCCCAAGACGGCAGAGUCCAGUGAGGAGAUGUUUGGCCCAUGCUCUGUGACCAGCAGCAAGGCGGAUCAGGCCAAAGAAAAAGUGUCAGAGAGCUCAUGCAGCACACGAGAUAGUAUGGAUGAACACUCUCUCUGGGAGUCCCCAGAAACCAUGAUUCGUAACCAGACAGCACGAUGGCCCAAGGCAUCCGUGGUGUUUGAGGUUGAGAACAAUCAUAAAUACCUUAAUGUGGCCCUAUGGUGCAAAGAUCCCUUUAAACUCGGCAGUUUGUUGUGCCUGGGUCAUGUCAGCCUGCAGCUGGAGCACAUUGCCCUUGAAUGUAUGGCCACAUCUUCUGCAGAGUAUCAGAGCACCUUCAGGCUGGGGCCUCCAGAGCCCAGAGCCAACGUCAGCCGCACUGCGCUGCGCAGUCUUGGCACUCACAAGGGUUUCAAUGAGAAGCUGUGUUAUGGAGACGUUACCCUAAACUUCUGUUACUUAGCUGAGGGGGAGUCAGAGUAUCCAACAGGGCCGAUGGAAAGGGAACGAGAGGGGAGCCUCCAUGAUGAGGAGCUGAGGGAGAAGGAGAGGGAACCGAUUCUCUCCGUACCGCGCGAUGACUUGGCCUACAGUACCAUGCAGCUGACGGAGGUUCGCCAUAACUUCCAGGACACCCAGUUUCAGAACCCUACCUGGUGUGAAUACUGCAAGAAGAAGGUUUGGACAAAGGCAGCUUCACAGUGUAUGAUUUGUGCUUACGUCUGCCACAAGAAGUGCCAGGAUAAGUGCCUCACUGAAAACCCUUUCUGUGUGGCGGCAACUGAGCGUCGCAGCGCUGACCCCGAAGCCAAAUCCACCAUCAACCGUGCCACUGGCCUCACGCGCCACAUCAUCAACACCAGCUCCCGCCUGCUCAACCUCCGCCAGGUCCCCAAAACCCGGCUGGUGGAGCAGGUGGCGGACGUGGUUCCUGGAGCAGUGGAGCCCUCGCCCAAGCAAACCCCCAACACUUCUGACAACGAGAGCAGCGACACGGAGACGUACACCAGCGGCGCCAGCCCGUCCAAGCACCCGUCCAGCAGCGCCGGCAGCACCAAACUGGUGCGCAAGGAGGGCGGGCUGGACGACAGCGUGUUCAUCGCGGUGAAGGAGAUAGGCCGCGAUCUGUACCGAGGGCUGCCCACAGACGAGCGCUCCCAGAAACUGGAGUUGAUGCUCGACAAACUCCAGCAGGAAAUCGACCAGGAGCUGGAGCACAACAACGCCCUCCUGGUGGAGGAGAGGGAGGCGACGGAUGCUCGGAGGAAGGCCCUCAUUAGUGCCGCACUGGCCAAGUCUGGGGAGAGGCUGCAGGCCCUCACCCUGCUCAUGAUCCACUACCGGGCCGGCAUCGAGGACCUGGAGUCUGUGGAGAGCACCUCUCCGUCAGAGCAGCAGGGCUUCAAGGCCAAGGGGGAGGGCCUGGAGGAGGAAGGUCUGCUGGGACCGGAGGUCUACGACAGUGACAUCUGCAGCCCCGUGGAGGUGACGCUGCUGGACGACAUCACGGAGGAGCAGAUCUGUGUGGAGGCUCUCCACUAGACAAUGUUCCUCCCAGAGAGUUUGUUACGGAGGAGUUUCAGCAGGAUGUUGAGGUCCCAAAUUUGUCACACUUUUUUUCCCUCCACAUGGAAAUUAAAGGCUGGUUAAAGGACUUUCCUCCAAAAGGAUGUACAGUAUGAAUGUGUUAUUGAUGUUUUGAUUUGCACAAUGUGAUGCAAUUUCCAUGUUUUAGGCUUUUAAAGGGAAGCUUUGAAGCUUAUGUGUCCCCCGUAGUGCCGUGUGUUUAUCCUCCAGUUUUUCUGUGGUUUUAGAAUACCACCAAGCAUUACAGUCAAUAUCCUUUCCAGUGUGUUACUUCUUUGAUGGACGGACUUUAGAAAACAUGAAUAUCACGUUGGUCUAAUAGUCUGAAUCCUGUUAACGACGGAGAUGGAAAAUGAUUGUGGCAGGAGUUUGGAAGUGGCUAAAAGUGACGUUUGAGGCAGGAAAUGUUUGAAACGUUUUUGACUGCUACUGUACACAAGCCCACAGGAAAGAGGCGGAACUGGACUGAUCCAUUUAUCCAACUACCUGCAUUCAUACAUACCUUUUACUUUGAGCACUUUUUUUUUCAUUUUUUAGUGCAAUUUCUUUGGAUUUUAAAAAUAACUUUGCCUGCUUAAUGGUUUCUUUUGGACUAAAGUAAAAAUAUAACUGUUAGUGAUAACUUAAUAUAUAAUUUCUCUCUGUUUUUCAUUGUUAUUUGUUAAAAGUAUGUUAAAGUAUGUAUCUAAUUUUAUUUUGUUUUUGAGAGGGUGUAAGAUUUAAUUGUCCUUUUUGGUCAUUUUGAAAUCUGUUCCCGAGUUGCUUAUUAUUAUAAAACAUGUCAUUGA